AUACAGAACACAGAAUAGGAAACAACCAGGAUAAAAUAUCCCGUCAAUUCCCUUUAUAUUGAUUAAUAAACAGAAACAAAAACUUCAUUGUCUUAGCCUUACAAUGAUAAAAUGUAGAUAUGGAUGCUGAUAGACUUAGUUUAUAAUGCCGUACCUUUUUGGUGUCUAUUGGUACUACUCGAUCUGAAAAAUAUGUCUGCGCAAAAAUGUUGAAAGAAGGAUAACCUAUGUUAUCCUUCGGGGCAAGAGGUUACCGAAUGUAACUAAUCACCUUUAAAUGUCCUUUCCCCUGAGUAUUGCAUUAAGUUAAUUAAAAGAAAAAUUUCCAGAUAUCUCAAUUUGAAACCAUGUCUCAAAACGUUUUGGUCAUAGGUAUAUGCGGAGUAACAUGUGGAGGGAAGACAACAAUAUCAAAUAAACUGAACAAAAUAUUGCCCUUUAGUACGAUAGUUUCGCAGGACGAUUACUUCCUUGAUGUUGAUGAUCCUAGACACACCUGGAUAGAAAGCUUGAACCACAUAAAUUUUGAUAUUCUUAGUAGCCUGGAUAUGGAUAGAAUGAAUUUGGAUGUUGAAAAUUUACUUAAAGGGAAAACAGUAGUAAAAGCUCAGGGGGUGAAAUCCAAUUUGAAUAUAACACUGGAUUCAGAUUUGUACAAGAUGACUUACAAUAAAUUAAAGGAAACAAACACAGAGAUUGUCAUAAUAGAAGGUUUCUCAAUCUUCAAUUUUAAACCAUUGUUAGAUAAGUUUAGUUUGAAAUAUUACUGUUUACUAACAAAAGAAGAAUGCUUGAAACGAAGAAGUCAAAGAGUGUAUGAUCCACCUGAUUGUCCCGGAUAUUUUGAAGAAUGUGUUUGGCCAGAGCAUUUAUCUCAGCUCAAGGAAGUUAGAGAACAAAUAAAAGAUGUGACUUACUUUGAUGAACAUACAGAAGAUCCUUGUGCAUACAUUUUACAGGAUAUUUUAAAUUAUUUGCAUUUAUAGAUCGGUAUUGUAUGAAAAAUUCCAUGUUUAAAUCUCUGUAGGAAGAAUUUGCACAAAUGUAGAAAGUUUAAAUGUAUAAAUGUAGAAUAUUUUAUAAAUAGUUUUUGUAUAUAGCACAAUGGAUAUUUUGUACAAAAAAUAAUAAGAAUAAGAAUAAAAAAUAUUUAUUAUCAA